AAUACAUCGGGCAACAACAGUUCCGAAUGCUCCUGUGGUCGCCAUAUUCCUCACCUUGAAGCAAAACCAUGGUGCACCCACAGAGAUAUUUGUUUCAGCAGAACAUUUCUGCCAGAAUUGGCAGACUUUUCAGUCUAAACAAUUAUCCAUAUAUUGUGUCACUCAUUCGAGCACCUCCACCCCCACCAAAGAGGUAUGAUUUUCUCCCUAAAGACUACAAAGAGGACCAAUUUCUGGACAAAGGCCUUCCUAUGCAGCGGGUGUCUGAGGAAGUAGUAGAUGGUAUCAUGCCUGAUCAAGCCUUUUCUAAAUAUGGCAGAUUUCACUACCAUUUUAAUCAGUACUCAAUGAGGGGACUAUUUCAUGUUGGUUUAUUCUUCUUAUUGGGAUGGGGAAGCAUUUUGUAUUUCGCCAAAAACAGAUUUGGAAAAGUUGUCGAUCGAGCAAAUGAAAGAGCGAAAAAGGUUAAUGAUGCUCUAUUAAAACAGAAAGCUCGGGAUUUCACAGCAGAUCAGGAGAGGAUCAAAAAGAUUCUGGCUGAGAGAGCACUAACCCAAUAGACAUUUAAUUAAUCUUACAACAUCCUUGUUUAUUUUGUGAUUAAAUAUUACAACACAU